AUGCCCAAGGAGCUUACUCGUUCAUCUGACUCCAUUAGCUUGGAGGAGGCCAAGGACCAUGACGUACAGCGCAGUCUUUGGCGUUCCAUCCUCAUUAUCGCGACAUGCACCGCUGCAAUGGUGGUCAACGUCUCUAAUAUCAGUUCUGUCUCUAUCUCCCUCCCAAACAUCGAGAGGAGCCUCAAUAUCAAGGAAGAGCAACUGCAGUGGCUCAUCUCGGCCUAUUCCCUCAGUUCGGGUUGCUUUCUCUUGUUUUUUGGCAGGUUGGCGGAUAUCUAUGGUCGGAAGAAGGCUUUCAUGAUCGGAACACUCUCUCAAGUCGCAUUUUCUCUUGGUUGUGGUUUUGCACAGAGUGGUACUACCCUCGUUAUUUUGCGUGCCUUUCAAGGCAUUGGUGCUGCCGCUACAAUACCGUCUUCACUCGGUAUCCUGGCCCACGCUUUCCCUCCGUCUAAAAUGCGUUCAGUAGCUUUUGCAACAUUUGCCGCAGGUGCCCCUGUCGGCGGCGCAUUCGGCAUGCUCAUCGGUGGUAUCCUCGUACAGAUAACAUCGUCGCACUGGCGCUCUACAUUCUAUUUGAUUGCAGUAGUGUCUACUCUAACGGGUAUUUCCGGCAUGAUUUCAUUCGACGCGGAUGUUACUUCGACGGAAGCUGUCGACUGGAUCGGCGCUUCCGUCGUUACUGUUGGUUUGGUCUUGAUCGUAUUUGUGCUUGGUCAAGGAGAAGUUGCUUCUCAAGGCUGGAAAACUCCAUACAUCGUUGCCCUUCUGAUCGUCGGGAUAAUCAUGGUUUCGCUGUUCCUGCUUUGGGAGCGAUACUUGGAGAAAGGUAUAGAUGAUCCGUACAGAACACCGUCCGCAUGGAGACCACCGCCAUUGAUGAGUCUCUCGCUUUGGACACGAGCAAACGGUCGGAUGGCUGUCAUCCUCGCCAUUUCAUUCCUGAAUUCCUGUACUUUCACUAGCUGGAGCUUCUGGGUUCAGUUGUACUAUCAGAACUACCUUUCGCUUACCCCUAUGCAAACUAUGCUCCGGUUCAUUCCAAUGUUCAUCGUCGGCUGCUUGUGCAACGUUGUGGUUGCAAUGUUUGUUGGCAAAUUGUCUUUCGUGAUCUUUGCAGUCGGCGGAACGCUACUGACAGCAGUCGCCCCCAUUCUGUUUGCGCUGAUUGACCCGACCACAACGUAUUGGGCGUUUUGCUUCCCGUCUACAAUUCUUAUCGUGGUCGGAGCUGAUCUUGUGUACUCUGCUGGUAUGAUUUUCAUCGCCAAAAUCGCGCUCCCGCAUGAGCACAGCGUAGCUGGAGCUCUGUUUCAAACUAUGGCACAGGCAAGCAGAAUCAAACUGACUGAUAAUCUUGGCGCUGCAGUUGGACUUGCUGUAUCUACGAUUGUGUUCAACAUCGUGGUUAAAACCGAGUCUGAUGACCUUGGCGUUACCCUCAACUCUACUGGUACCAACGCGCCCCUUUCCGCACAGCUCAAGGGUUAUAGGUCUGCGCAAUGGACUUGUGCUUCGUUUGCGCUUAUGGCUGCGCUGCUGGCAGCGUUCUGCCUCCACGGUGUUGGGAUUGUUGGACACAAGAAAACUCUCAGGCAUGUUGACAGUGAUCAGACAAUAGCCGAGCGGUUCGAAUCCAAGGAAGGCUAA